GCCUUAUGAAUGCGAUGUUUGCAAAAAGAGAUUUUCUCAAAAGAGUUGUAUAAAGACACAUAAAAGAAUACACACUGGAGACAAGCCUUAUGAAUGCGAUGUUUGCAAUAAAAGAUUUGGUCGAUUGGAUUAUUUGAGGACACAUAAAAGAACACACACUGGAGACAAGCCUUAUGAAUGUGAUGUUUGCAAUAAAAAAUUUUCACAAUCCAGCUACUUAGCAACACAUAAAAUACAAGUGCACAAGAAGAACAAGAGUUUUGAGUGUGCUGUAUGCAAGAAGAUAUUCACACAACGGCAAAGUCUCAAACGUCACAGAAGUGAUCAUUUGAAAGAUGGCUUGCUGUUGUGCAACAUGUGUGGCAUAGAAAUUAAUCAACUAGAAGGACAUGCUAAUGAGAUGCCCAGCAGCAGUCAUUACAGUUGUGAUAAAUGCAACAAAGAAUUCCCUGAACUUCUGGGCUUGACACAACACAAGGUGAAAGACCAUGGUACCAGCUACCAGUGCAAUGUCUGUCAAGAGUUAGAGGCACAAGAAGCAACUGGUAUUGGAUACAUUUGUUGUAUUUGUGAUACUGAGUUUGACAUUGCGACUGAACUUGAAAGUCAUAUGAAGACCCAUGACAAUACUUCGGGAGAUAUCUUGUUUUGAAUUAUUGAAAGUCCUUUUGAAAUUGAUUUGAGAUUGUUUUAAAAUUGAUUGAACUGUUUUAAGAUUGUUUUGAAAUUUGUCUUGAUGCAGUAUAAACAUAUGACAUAUUGAAAACGACGUUGACAUUUCAGUGAGGAUUGCUAAUUUUGACACAUUCAUUAACUAUUUUAAAAAAUUAAGACAAUAUUAUUUAGGAUCAUUUUGCAACACACAAGUUCGGUUGUCAACUCAGUGAUAGGAUUGAAAGAGUUCAACGAAGAGCCACAAAAUGGACUCUAAGAACCAGGACUUGUGAAUUGCCAUACAACUAAUGACUGUUAAAGUUGGAACUCUUACCACUCUCCUACGAUAGAGAGAUGUCAUAUUUUUCUUCAAGGCAUUGUAUGGUACAUCGAUCUUAACAUUAACAAUCACAUUGCCUUUAUUCAUCAUGGACAUUAACUCGACUCAGCCAAGCCAUGCACUGGUGUAAUGCUUCAGACUCCCAUGUGCAGGACUGCUAUGUUUCAAUCUUCCUAUUUCAACCUCCGUAUUGUCAAACCGUGGAACAGUGUAUGUGAAGAUAUCAAUCCAGAUACAUCUUCUAGGCCUAUCUCUUUCAAAAAAUUUCUUAAAUGCAGAUACACAGAUAUUUAGAACUUUUACGCUCAGUAUACGAUUUCGAACUAUCCUGUACUUUGUCCUUGGUGCGUGACUGUCCUCAGGCGUUAAAAUACGGAAUUUUUACAAGGACACACUUUGCCUUCAGAGGCAUAUUUUUGGUAUAAAUGCGCAGACUCACGAGAACGAGUGGCGAAGCCACAAGUUUAGCGUAAAAGAAGUUAGCUUUUAAGGGGGUCUCUGAAAUGGCAUUUCCAGAGUUCUGAGAACAGAAUUCGCAAAAUCUUUGGCCAUUUUGCGUGGAUUACAGUUUAAUAUAUUUUCAAGUACACACUUUUCAAUUUACAAGGGCACAUUCACCUUUUACAAGGACACAAAGUGUGUACAAGGACACGCUAUUUUAAUGCCUGACUGUCCUUGUCACAGAGAAUAGCAAAGAUAAAUGCCAUUUAUAAUGCAUGUUUUAAAAUAGUGUAUCUUUAAGUGUUUGUGUGUAACCUGUCUGUGUGUGUUUUGUGUGUGAGCAUGCAUAUGUGUCAUAUGUAUAUAUAAUAGUACAUAUAAUAAAAUAAUUGAACAGCGGGUGCUUGCAUGGGAACUUUUGAAGAAUCCUGUUCGCCCCUUGCCUUUUUUAGAUCGUGGCAAUGUGCCCCGAGUUUGGCAGGGCGCAAUGCACCUGUAUGUGUCCUGGAUUGACAUAUUUCGCUUUUUUGCAUGUUUGUAUAUAGAUUGACCAAAAUAAAUUUGUCAAAUUUUGACUUUAUAGC